AUGCGGCAGGGCGAGCCGCGGCGGCCCAGCCCCUUCCCGACGAGCUGCGCACACCGCGCGGGGGAGGAGUCCCGCCGGCCCCGGCGCCCCGCGCCUCCCGGGAGGAGCUUCCGCGCCGCGGAGAUGCCCCGCGCCGCGCGGCCCCCGCCCCGCGCCCGCCGCGCCCUGGGCCCGCUCCCGCUCCGCUCGCCCCCGCUCCGCCCCGCGCACCUCCGGCCAUGGCGGCGGCGGCGGCCCCGCAGCCCCGCGCCGGGCGGGCCCCGCUGUCCCCGCGGGGCGGUUGGCGGCGGCGGCCCGGACUCCGCGGGGAGACGCCGCGCUGCCCCGGCAACCCCAUUGGCCCAACCGCCUGCCGAUCACCCGCCCCGCGCCUCUGAUUGGCGCGCGGAGCCGCGGCCCGCCCUCUCCCUGUCACCCCGCGGUGGCGGGAGCUCCCGGGAACGGGGUUUGAACGCGCGUUCCCCGGGCGCUGAUUGGUCCGCACGGAGAGCACGCGGCGCUCUGAUUGGCAGCCCCGCGGGGAACGCCCCGCCCCCGGCCGGGCCGCGCCACGUGCGUUGGAUCGAGCGGGAGCAGCGGGACCCGGACCCGGCGGGCCGGGGGUGA